CACAAGCUUCGAGCGAAUGAAGGUCAGCUGAUCGAGCGCCGUCCUUGCUAACUUGCGCCUCGCUCUCUUAAACUGUGCCCCAUGGGGUUACUUGACCAGCUCUGGGACGAUACCGUUGCGGGCCCUCGGCCUGACAGCGGCCUCGGGAAACUGAGGAAACACUCCACUUUUAGCUUCCGAUCUAAUUCCGGCAAGGAAUCAGAGGUUGCGGACAAUCGAAAAUCGUUUGCGGAAGCCGCAGCGGAGGAGGCAGUGAGAGUAACCAGAAGCAUCAUGAUCGUAAAGCCACCGCAAGCGGCUGCGAAGGACUCGCCGCCGGCGUCCCCCGCCGGCUCCACUCCUCCGGUGCCGGAGGAAGAGAAGCUUUUCGGUUCCGCAGGAGGUCAGCAUCAUUUGCAUACGAAAAGGCUAGCGGAGUUGGACCCAGGAGCCCUCCUCCUCCUUACGACCUGUGAGAUUUGAGGAAGCUUCAAUUUUUCUUGAGGCGGUGCGCUGGAUGUUAUCCAUCGGGAUUUUUCUAAGGUUGGGGAUGUGCAAAGGAGUCGUUGGCCGUGUGUCGUCAGCCCUGUAUGUAUAUGUCGGCAGUGUAGCUUUUUUCAAUGUGUGUUUUUUAAAGCGUGCGCGGGCAGGCUCACUGUUCCUGAAAUGAGACUCUUCGAAUCUGUGGGGUACCGAGCUCUGCUUCUGUAUGAAGGUUUUCUGUAAUCAAGAAGUGUAAUAGGAAACAUAAGCUUUCUGAUCAUCUUGGAAGUACAUCCAUGGCCAUGUUAUGAUCAGCUCUGCAGUGCUCAUGAAGCAUCUGUUCUUUGCGAUGUGAUGAUGUGUUCAUUUGUUCCCAAGUUGUAUUGUUGCCGUUAGAGCUCCCUUGUGAUCUUACCUUUUCAAUUGGAUUAUUAUUAUCAAUCAUCAAUGUUUUGAAUGUCGGAUCAAUGAUCGAAUCUAAUAAUUUAUUGCCUCGUUUGUUU